UCCUGUUUUUUUUUGUAUCAUCGUCUACAACUUUCUCCAGGUUAUACGCCACCAGAUCGCACGACCAUUGAUAUGAUAUUAAUGGUACUAAAAGAGGAUCGAUUGUAACUCGGAAAGCAAAGUGCUAUCGUUGAAUGAAUCGACUCGGGAUGCGGCCGUGUCUUGAUUUGGCUCAUAAGGAUUACCUACUUACCUAUUGAGUGGGGCUGGCAUUGGGGGAUGGGCUGCUGCCAGCGCCGACCUCAACGCCACUUGCCUACCAACCACAAUUGAGAAGAGUCGUAGCAGAAGCUUCAAAUUCAUGCUUCAGACCGUUUCCCACGAAAGUAGAAAGCGGGAAGUUCACUGAAGGUAGUCUUAGGAAGAAACCAGCCGGGAGAGAAGACACAGUCAAGAAAUAUGCCGCCCCCAGACCCGACUCCGUCGGCCAUGGGAUCCUCCCUCGCGAUUCCCGAAGCAGACCGUCUCCUAACUACUUUCACACACUUUCUCACAGUAAGCAUCCACAACAUCCUGUACUAUAGGGAACUCUAUCCUCGCGCCACUUUCCUCACAAGCCGCGCCUACAACCUCCCCGUGCACCAGUCGAGGCACCCGGCAGUAUGUUCCUGGAUCCGCGAUGCAGUAGACGCCGCGCGUGCCCAGCUCGCCCUCGGCGCUGUUAAGCGCCUUGCCGUCGUGAUCUACGACGCAGGUGGCGCAGUGAUGGAGCGCUGGAUGUUCGAUGUCGCGCAAUUUCCUACCUGGAAGAGCGUGCCUCUGGAAGGCGGUCUCCAAGAAAACGAGGGUGUCAAAGGCGGUGGGGAGGACGACGAGGAUGAUGAUGAGGAGGAAGAGGAAGAAGACGACGACGAAGAGGAAGAGGAUGAUGAUGAUGACGACGAUGACGAUGACGACGACGGCGACGAGAAGGUCGACGAAGAUGAUGAACUCGGUGCUAGCGUUGUGGCUACCGACGCUAAAGUGAACGACGAACAACAAGAACAACAGCAACAGGAACAACAGCAACAGGAACAACAGCAACAGGAACAACAGCAACAGGAACAACAGCAACAGGAACAACAGCAACAGGAACAACAGCAACAGGAGCAACAGCAACAGAAGCAGCAGCAGCAGCAGUCAGAUAUCAACUGGACGAAUGUCGACGAGCAGCUACGCGCCGCCAUCAGACAACUAGCCUACGCAGGUGAGAAGCUGGCGCCUCUUCCCAAAAGCUGCACCUUCACCGUGGCCAUUGAGCUACGGAACGAGGCCGAGGCGCCGAUAGGGCAUCCGCAACCAUGGGUACCAACCAAGCCCAGCCUGCAGCCAGCAUCCAGGGACCAAAAGGCCGUCGGCGAAGAUGUAGGCGGCGCUAGGACGACUGCUGUACGUGCUGUGGAAGCUGGGCUAUUAUUCUUCGAAUGCUGGGUCGAAGAGGGUAAAUCUAAGCUAGAUAUACCGUCUAUCAUGUUAUCCAAGGGGUGAAUUAAACGUGAAAGCUAGGCAUCUAAGCCAGCCCAACUCUCCAGGUAAGGAGGAGGCUAAACAAGGAAGUAGAAAAAGAGGCAUCGUACACAGAAACAACAUUAUAGAAACGUAUUCGCGCCUUCGGUUGGAACU